AUGGGAAUUGUCACCGCCGCCGCCGCCGCCGCCGCCGCCGCCGCCACGUGCACGUCCCGACUCCUCCACUACCACGCAGCCGCUGGCACCGACCGGCAUCACCGGCACCAGCUCAGGUACUCCGCGAGUCCGUUUCCUCUCUCGCUGCGCUGCGGCUCCUGCCGGCGUGAGGCGGCGGCCCGGGCGCUCCUGCCCGACCGCGUCACCCCGUUCUCCUACGGCGUGGAAGAGGACGCGGAUGACCACCCGCGCGAGGAGUGCGGUCUAGUCGGGGUCGUGGGCGACCCGGACGCGGCCUCGCUGUGCUAUCUGGGGCUGCAGAAGCUGCAGCACCGCGGGGAGGAGGGGGCCGGGAUCGUCGCCGUGGGCGGGGACGGCAAGCUCAAGUCCGUGACCGGGCUGGGGCUCGUGGCCGACGUGUUCGGGGACCCGUCCCGGCUCGCCUCGCUCCCGGGCCCCGCCGCCAUCGGGCACGUGCGCUACUCCACGGCAGGCGCCGCCGCGUCCCUGCGCAACGUGCAGCCGUUCCUAGCCGGGUACCGGUUCGGGCAGGUCGCCGUGGCGCAUAACGGCAACCUCGUCAACUACCAGGCGCUGCGGAACAAGCUCGAGGCCAGGGGAUCCAUCUUCAACACGUCCUCGGACACGGAGGUCAUCCUCCACCUCAUCGCGACGUCGCUGUCGCGGCCGCUGCUCGCCCGCGUCUGCGACGCCUGCGAGCGCCUCGCGGGGGCCUACUCGCUCCUGUUCCUCACGGCCGACAAGCUCUUCGCCGUGCGCGACCCGCAUGGGUUCCGCCCGCUGGUGAUGGGCCGCCGCCGGAACGGCGCCGUCGUCUUCGCAUCGGAGACCUGCGCGCUAGACCUCAUCGACGCCACCUACGAGCGCGAGGUGGAGCCCGGGGAGGUGGUCGUGGUCGACCGCCGCGACAUGUCGGUGGCCUCGGCCUGCCUCGUCCCGCACCGCCCCCGCCGCUCCUGCGUCUUCGAGCACAUCUACUUCUCGCUGCCCAACUCCGUGGUGUUCUCCCACGCCGUCCACGAGCGCCGCACCGCCUUCGGGCAGGCGCUGGCCGAGGAGUCCCCUGCCCCGGGCGCCGACGUCGUCAUCCCGGUUCCCGACUCGGGCUUCUACGCCGCGCUCGGGUUCGCACGCUCGUCGGGGCUCGAGUUCCAGCAGGGUCUCAUCCGUUGGCACUACAGCGGCCGCAGCUUCAUCCAGCCGACGCAGGCGAUCCGGGACCUCGCCGUGAAGCUGAAGCUCGCCCCCGUGCGCGGCGUCAUCACCGGCAAGAGCGUCGUGGUCGUGGACGACUCCCUGGUGCGCGGCACCACCUCGAGCAAGAUCGUGCGGCUGCUCCGCGACGCCGGCGCGCGGGAGGUGCACAUGCGGAUCGCGAGCCCGCCCGUCGUGGGCUCCUGCCUCUAUGGCAUCGACACGCCGAGCGAGGGCGAGCUCAUCUCCAACCGGAUGGACCUGGAUGGCGUGCGCCGGGAGAUCGGCAGCGACUCGCUCGCCUUCCUCUCGCUGGGCAAGCUGCACAGCAUCUACGGCGAAGAGUCGGGGGACUACUGCGACGCGUGCUUCUCGCGCAAGUACCCUGUGCUGCCCACGCUGGCCGACCCGGUCGCCGAGCCGGAGGAGUGA